UCUCUCUCUCAUAUUCGUUUCUCUCUCUAAAUAACACAGGACCAGCCUCACUCCCUCUUCUUGACUGGCAAGUUGAAUCUUCUAUUGCGAAAAUGCAUAAUAAGGACGCUUGCUCUUCUUCAAAUGGCGGAGUCGGCACCAACAUCGCUACUUCUGGUCACAUGCAGUCGAAUGGCGCCAUUUAUGGUGCCAUCUACUCCACUCUGUUUUCUGACACCCCCUCAUUGUCAGCUACAGACAAUGGCGACCUCUCGCUUCAUUCAUAUGAAGGAAACUCUCCCUUGAAGUACAAUGACUCUCCCAUUCAGAGUCACCUGUAUGACUCCUGUGCCAUACAGAAUCAUCAAGAUAUGGUGAACCGCCAUAGCAUGUGCCUCAAUCGCCUCGCCGAAACCUCAAAGGAGGUCGAGGCUCUGCGGCAGGAGAACAGCCAACUUCGCGCUGUGAACAGGGAGCUGAACAAUCAAUUGAGCCUCCUCAUUCAGGUUUCGGUCCAGAAUCAAUUGGACGGCUCCUCUGGUCAUACAGAAGCGUUUGACGUCAUAAAUGGGUUUCGUGGCUUACGCAUUUCGGACAAUUUCGGGGAUGGGAAAGAGAACUGUGAAAAUUGGAAUAAGGAUCAAGAGGUUUCGAACGAGAGUCCAACAAGCGUGAUUGAGAACAAUGUCGAAGUGGAGAGGUUCUCGCUGCCCAAGAGUAUAUCUGUAAGGUCAAAUGGGUACUUGAAGGCUGCUCAGCCUACGGCCGCUGGUGCCAGCAAUGGAAGUCGCCCCAAGGGCGCUGCUCGGCCACGGACAUCUUUGACCCCAAGUGAUGUCGUUCAAAAGGUAUAUGUGCGUGGAGGGAAGAAGGAGGAAGAGCCUCUGGAGAUGGUGGUGUAUAACCAAGGCAUGUUCAAGACGGAGCUGUGCAACAAAUGGCAGGAAACUGGAACAUGCCCCUAUAAGGACCAGUGCCAAUUCGCUCACGGUAUUGGUGAACUCCGUCCUGUCAUCCGCCAUCCACGCUACAAAACUGAGGUCUGCAGGAUGGUGCUUGCUGGAGUUGUAUGUCCAUACGGCCAUAGAUGCCAUUUCCGCCAUGCACUCACUGAACAAGAGAAAGCCAUAGCACAGCCUAAGCCCAGGCCAAUGAACCUGCACAGAUAAAAUAACGCCAGCUCAACUGCUGAUAACUAUGGUGAGAAAGUGUCGUACUAUCCGCUACAGUAUAUGACUGAUGAAAAAUCAGAAUGGUACAUAAUGAUAUUCUUGAUUGUGUAAUUACAUACAUGGACAGAAAUUAUAAGAUAAGAAUAAUUAGUUUCAUCUAUACUUUUAUCAAGUAGAGGACGAAAAAUAUUGGAGGCUUUCUGAACCUUGAGCAGGAUUUUUGGAGAGGAUGUGGUCGUUCAUUGUAUCUCUGUCUUUCUUUUUAUUCCUCAAAGUAUAAAUUUGAACUCGACGCACUUACAGUCUUUGGUUUUCCCAAGCCCAAGCGUGCAAAUUGAAACUAUUGGCUUGGAAAACAAAGAAAAAGUGCUAGUUCAUUGUAAUGGUGUUGAUUGAUACCUUUCAAAGUGAGCAAUUUAUAAUUGGAGUCAGUUAUCUUUUGAUCGUCCUUUAGCCAAUCUGUUAUUCUUGUUUGAUGUUACAAACUCUGUUGCAUGUAGUUAUAUGAAUAAAUCCUUAUCAUU